AAUGGUGGCAAUCAGUAGAACUCUCAUGCUGCUUCUAAAUUAAAAUUAUUGGUUUUGCACCUCAGAUAUCAAUGGCAUGCCUAUUGUCUCUCCCAAGAAGAACAACUUAUCAUCUCCAUAUUAACAAGUAGACUCUAUAAAGACAUCUCCAUUAGUCCUUACUAAUGGAUCAUGAGCCCCUUCAACAACCUCUUGUCUCGGCCAACAAAAAACUCAUUCCUUGCUCUUACGAGCGUAGCACGGUUGGUUUUCAGGUAAUAAAUUGCACCCAAUAAUGUAAGUUCGAGUCAUGGUAGUUGCAGUGUGAGAGUUCACCCUCCUGUGGGGGUGGCUCCUUGUGGGCACCAUGCACUGUGCCUCUUGAUGCGCUGUCGUGUAUCGUGAUUAAUUCCUUCCACAUGCGUGGAGCAAUGUGUGGGGACCCUAUGGUGAGAGAUUUCACUUUUUGCACCCAAAAAAACUCAUUCCUUGAACACUCAUGUACACUAGCAGCACCUUUAUUGCCAGCCCGAUUGCUAUAGAUCGCUUACUCCCUACAAGGACACACUCACUCCACUAGUCACUAUCCUAAAAAUGGUACAUAAUCAAUCAUCCGUGGCGAUCGAGUAGAUAUAUUUCCAAAUGUUUUUCAUGCAUUAACGUCGAUACACAAGAGACUCAGCAAAUAUAUGAAAUAUACAACAAAAAUACAAAAUAAUUUUACCUCUUAAGAAAGCAAGCCAUAAAUCUACCUACUAGAAGAGUUAUUUAAGCCGUUAUGAUAUCAAUGGCUUAUAUUAUUAAGGUUAUGAGGGGCCAUGCCCUAUGAAUUUUUUGUCAUAGACGGCAACAAGCAAAAGAAGAAAGCGCGCAGCCAAGUGUUGAAGCUUCGAGGUUUGUUUAGUUGUAGUUUGUGUUUUACCGUGGAAGAGAAUUUUGUUGCGAAAUGAAAGCGAUUUGCCACGCUCAGCAAAAGAGAAAGCGAUUGCCACGUGUACCCUGCUGCCUUCAAUGGCGGACAAAGCCUAGAAAUGACACAAACAACCAGACGACUCAAAGGUAAACCUCAAUAUAUAUAUAUAUAUAUAUAUACAUAGAUUCCUCUACUGAAACCGAAAGCCGUCCCUUCCAAUCCUAUCUCUCUCUCUCUCUCUCUCUUGAAGUGUCAAGAAGAGACAAAGAAUCUAAUGGCCAGCCCACGAAUCCGAAUUUCAGAUCUUACUUUCCCUUUACAACAAUAAUUUCACAAUUUUACUAUAGAUUUGAGGCAGAGAACCUAACCUCGGAUUGAUCGGAGGAUUGGAGCGAGAAGCUCAGCAGUUACCGAUCGAGGCAAUGGCGACUCUCCAGAAAUUCAAGAUUCUAGCCUCUCAGUGCGCCAUAGCCGGAAGCCCGACCCGAAGUCCGACGACGAGCCCCGUUGUUCAUCUUCGCCGCCGCAAAACCCUCCGGAUGUUGCUCAGUCGCACGGCCAGUGGCAGUAGCAGCGGCCGCCGGCUGCCGCGUCUCGAAGAUUCGCCCGACCGGCAGAGGAAGAACGCCUCCGAUUCUCAGGAAAAGAGCAAGGCGCUGGCGGCGAGGCACAAGCUGAAGGACUUCUUGCUCUCUUCGCCGCCGCUGGAGGAGAGCGAUUCGGAUAAUGUCGAAGAAGUCGGAGAAGGAUUAUCGCCGUCGACUGCAGUUUCCGAUGGUGCGACCGUGCGACACGGUGGACAACGAGGAAUAAGGCCGUUAACGUUGUCCGUCCGGCAGCGAUUGCUCAGAAGGGCUUGGCGUCCUGUACUCGUUACCAUCCCCGAAUAGUUCCGAUAAUUGUGCGGAUAAUGCCAAUAAUGCCCCUUUUUCUAAAAAUAAAAAUAAAAAAAAUUACAUUUAUGUCUUUUUUUUUGCUUCCCUAAUUAAUUGCCUAAAUUAAAAUCUCCAUCUUCUUCUCCGAAUUACUAAGUAUGUGUGCAU